AGAGGCCAUUCCGACUGCUCGAACGCUCGAACUCGGACGCUGGAAUGAGCCCACGCAAGAAGUCAAAGCCCAAUCCCAAGGCAGACGCCGACAACAAUAGCACAGGCCCCGAGGCCCCCGCCGAAAGCAGCGGCAGCGCAGCGGCGAGCGCCUCAGGCACGCCAAACGACAGCGAGGUCCUGCAGGAUGUUCCGUCGAGCAAGUCGCUAGCAGACUCGACUGCCACGUCCGCCUCAAAUGGCACAGCUUCCGGCGAGCAAGCGGUAAAUAAGAAGGGCAGUCGAAAGUGGCUGGGCGGAUCAGGGAGCUGGCGGUCCAAGGCGCCAGCAAUGGUCAAAACCGCGAAGGAGACUAUCGGGGUCAGUGGUGGUGCCACGUCCGAGUUACCUGCUGAGGAGGCUAAGAAGCCAAAGGACCAGUCACCGACCAAGUUCCUUACGAAACGCAAAUCCAGCAAAGGCGAUGCAAUACCGGCCUCCAUGACCAAGCUGAACGUCUCAUCGGACGGUCCGAUAGACCAGGCACAGGAAGCCAAUCCGGACGAACCGCCAAAAGAGCAGCCACCGCCGCCGAACGCCGACGAGCCACCGUUACCACCAGAUCCGGCGAAGAAGAAUGAGCCAAAGGAGACAGCAGGCACAUGGGGCUGGCGAAGCUGGUGGUCUCGGCCUGAUGGAUUUUCAGAGUCUGGGAAAGAUAGCACGCCGGGCACAGACGCCGCGCAGACGACUCCCUUACCGGGGCCGACGCCAUCGGAGGAAGCAGAUCAAGCAACCAAAGAGCUUGGCAAUACUAAGGGUCAAGACGAUUCUCAGAACCAGGAUACCGAAAUGAAGGAUGCGCCGGCAGUGACACCGCAAGACGAGGAUACGGAAAUGAAAGAUGCGCCCUCUAAAGAGAUGCCGUCAAAAAAUGCGUCUACUUCGUCGUGGUUCUGGCUGUGGAGCAGCACGCAAAACGUGCAGACGAAUCCACCUAAGCCGGCUCCUGCGGGUAGUGAUUCGGCAACAAAGCCGGACGUUGCAGAACCCGCAGCAGAAACUCAACAGCCCCAGGAGCCGGUUGCCGUCCCAGAGCCACCAUCUACUGCAAGUGACGGAGCGGAGCCGAAGGAACUACCAAAGUCAUCUGGCUGGGCAUUCUGGUACAGAGACAAGCCGAAGACAGAGGACAAGCCAGCUGAAGGGGCAUCGCAGAAGCACAUUGGCGAAGUAGCAGUGUCAGAUACACCUUCUCAAUCGCGUCCAGAGCCUGCCCAGUUCAAUGAGCAAGAGCAGCCUAAACCUGAUGCCAUUAAAGAACCAACACAGCCAGCUGUAGAAGAGACAGAGCCUGCUCCCAAGAAGUCUUUUCGAUCCUUACGUGGGCGACGGAAGGCCAAGGGCGCCCAAACUGAUACUCCCGCAGAUACGCCGAGCUCUAGCAAGGCUGCCACGCCUUCGAAGACCAGCCCCGAGCGGUCACCCACUCGACAAGAAACUGCGCCAGCGGCUCAGCCUGCGCCAAAGCAAGCAACGAAGGCACUGGAACCUCCGAAUCUCAUCCUUCCUGAAUUUACAAGCACGUACCAGCUAGUACAACAGCCGUCCUUCUGGCAGCAAAUACGUCAAUAUUUUCUUGGGGGAGAGGCUGCAAUGCCUCAUUUACACAUAAAUCCUGCACCGCCUCGUGUGAAGAAGGCUGUCGCAAUUGGUAUCCACGGCUACUUCCCCGCGCCUAUCUUUCAGAAAGUGAUCGGGCAACCGAAAGGCACUUCCAUACGCUUCGCGAAUGCCGCUGCAGCGGCUAUCAAGGAUUGGUGCGAAGGUCGCGGGUAUACGCCGGAAAUUGAGCAGAUUGCGUUGGAGGGCGAGGGCUUCAUAGCAGAUCGGGUGAAAACGCUAUGGAAGCUUAUGCUCAACUGGAUUGAGCAUAUCAAAGCUGCUGACUUCAUCCUUGUUGCAUGUCACUCCCAGGGCGUACCAGUAGCCAUCAUGCUCGUUGCGAAGCUGAUCCAAUUUGGUUGCGUCAACGCAACAAGGAUAGGUGUCUGCGCCAUGGCAGGUGUCAACAUGGGCCCGUUUAUCGAGUACAAGACAAAGUACUUUGGCCCAACGGCGGCGGAACUAUUCGAGUUUUCGAACCCGAAGAGCCUGGUCAGCCAGAUGUACCUCGCCGGGCUAGACGAGGUGCUGCGCUUCGGCGUGCGAAUACUCUAUGUCGGCAGCAUCGACGACCAGCUCGUCUCACUAGAGUCCUCAACCUUCUCCACACUUUGCCACCCCUACAUCUAUCGUGCCGUUUUCGUCGACGGGCGCAUCCAUGCACCCGACUUCCUAACCCAUCUCGUCGGUUUCACGCUCAAAAUGCGCAAUCUCGGACUCCCCGACCACGGCCUUAUCCGCGAACUCUCCCCGGCACUCGCAGGCUCGCUCUACGGCGGCGAAGGCCACUCCCGCGUCUACGAGGACCCGUGCGUGUAUCAUCUUGCUAUUCAGCACGCGCUUGAAACCACGUCGCUACCCGUGAAUCCCCAGCAAGCCCGCCCUUCCACAGCAGCCUCCUUCGCCGGCAUCAAUAUCCCCGUUCCGGGCACGAAGUAUGAUACGAAGAACGUGUAUAAGUUACAUGUGAAGGAGUAUGACAGUACGGGUGGAGGGAGUCAAAAUCCGUUCUUCCUGCCCUGGGCUAUGAGAGGUCUGCUGGAAGAGGAUUUUGUGAAGAAGGAGCUUGGUAGGGAGGUGGAAGAGCUACUCAGCCUAUUUGAGGCGUGGAAACCGAAUGGGAAGCAGCUGAAGGACGUCAAGUUUCGGCUGGAGGGCGUGAGAAGUAAGCUUUGACCUCGUUCCUUGAGUGCAAUUGGCCGGCGUACUUCGCGAAAGUGGAGGCAGUAAUCAUUAGUAUAUGGGUUGGCUUGGACAUUUUGGGAUAUUUGGAGGAGUUCUGAGGUGUAGGUGCGGGCGCCGGAGCCGUGGAUAUGAGAUACCUAUUUAGACCACGCAAGGUGCUGGAAAGCGGUGCUUUUUGGAUUUUAGCAUGGGGACAUAUACACAUAUACAUUCGCCGUCUGCAUGC